UUUAGCAUCAACACAAACAGAGAAAAUACCAUUUACACUUGCAAAUCAAGACAUGCAAAGGACUAGACAGACUGGAAAUUCAAGGUUCUUUAUGCAUCGUUAAGCCGUACCCAUUAUAUUUUUUUGCAGGACUAAUGCUCCGUCGGUAAACUUGUAAAUUUCUUCUUUCGGUUUGUUCGUUUCAGGAAAGAAACCCAGAAUGAGCGGAACUAAGGAAAUGAAGGAAGAAGGAGAGUUUCAAGUUCAUGUCCUGUUUAUUGAGAAUCCACAUUUGAAACCCAUUCCUGAUUUUCUGGAGAAUUGUAAACGCUAUAAAGAGGAACUUAAGUUGGACAAUGAUUUGGAGGAAGCAGAGAGAGAAUAUCGAGUUCUUCUGCAGAAAGCCAAGAGGCCCGAGUAUUCGAAAACUAGACCUCAUUACGAACGAAAUCUUUUUGACAUCGAGAGAAGAAGUCAAGCACCAACCCUCUACGAUGUUUUAAAUAUUGUCUCCAAAAGAUGUGCUUAUACCAAGUGGAAAAAAGCCAUGUCGGAAUUCAUUGGAUUGACGCCUAUCCAGACGGAGCCAAAGAAAAAGGUUUUUACCGCCGAUAAAGAUCAUGUUUUCAUCCCAGUGGAAGUGAAGGCAAAAGAAUUUGAGAGUCCAGAAAAACCAGAAGUGGUGAAAUCUGACAAAGAAGAAACAUUUGACGAAAGAGAAGAAAACAAGAAGUCUGUGCCUAACUCUGAAAACCUAGAAACCGAAGACCAAUCAUUGACACCGAAAAAAUAUGAGGUAUUAUUUGCCGAUGUAGAUCAGGUUUUUAUCCCUGAUGAAUUGACAGCAAAAGAUGAUGAGGAAUUAGAAGAACCAACACCAGAAGAUUCUGAGGAUCGGGACGAGUUAUCAGAGACUUUACCUCCAGGUAGAAACCCAGACACCGAGGGCCAAACAAUGAAGACGGAGGACAAUCAGGAAGAGGAGAAAGAAGAGGAAAUUUUUCAUGAUGCAAUGGAUGGAGAAACUAAGGAGCAUAAACCUCCAGUGGUUAACAUUCUGUUUCUUGAGGUAUUUAUUAUAUUUCAAGUAUUUAUCAGGAAAAUGAUAAUAAAUUUAUCCCUCAAAGGGACUAGAAUUUGAUCUAAUCUAGCAGAAUUGAAGGUAGCCAAACAUGGAGUUUUCAUCAGACUGUUAAAGGACGGGAAA